AUGGCCGUCCUGCUCCACCAUUGUUCUUCAUAUUCACUUUUUCCUAGCUGCUCAGAUCCAUUGUCAAAAAGUUUUACAAACAAUAUUCCGAGCCGGCGUUCUAGUACACGAAUAUUUGAUUCUCGGCAAGCUGCAGAUAAAUCAUUGUGUGACCGCUGCAGCACAAACGAAGACCUAGCUAUUGUCAGUCAGAAGCCGUCUCCAGUCAUGGGCGUCCGGUUGAUACCGCUCAAACUGAACCCAUAUGAAGAGAAUCGUUCUCAGGGUACUUCAUAUCCGUCGAAGACCUUAACUCCCAUUUCAACCUCGCCUACUAUCCCACAAACACGAAAACGUCGCCCUGCACCUGUCACUGACCUCAUCAUCGUGCCACACACUGAAGAGGAGUGGAAAGCAGUCAUGGAGGAGGUCAAGAUCCUUUAUCUGAAGGGGCAGUACAAGCACUGUUCAAUGAGAUGCAAACAGAUUCUCGACAGCAUUACGAACCAAAUACACCCUUUAUACUCCAUCUACCUCUGUUUCUUCACUGCGAGCUCCCUGGAAAUGACCGCCCGCUCUCUUCACAAUCACUCCAGCAACAAGCUGCCCUUCUUCCAAGAAGCCCUUUCUUUCUACAAGAAGGCAGAGUCAUAUGUAGAAUACGCCGCCUUCUCCGCAGAUCUAAAUCUCAUGCAUACUACCCGGCGAUCCGCCUCUUCAGUAUCGUCCAGCAUUCGAUCCUCAGUGGACUCAGUGUUCUCUCAACACUCGACCACUUCUACGUCCUCCCGUCCACACUCACCCACAGAUGCCGAGACCUCGCCUCCGCUUCCGUUGAAAGGACCUACCUAUGUCUCAUCUACUUCUCCUUCCAUCCUCCGCAUGAAGAAGAAAGUUUCCUUCUCCGCAAAACGCUUAACCGUGCCAUCUGAAUCAGAGUUCUCGUUAGAAGAAACGAUAAUCGAUGCCUUCCCCCGGCCACCAUCAGCAGAAGGAGAAAAUGUGCCUGUCCCACCAGAAAAUGACCAACCAGAUCUCUGCACGCUCUCCUCGUACCUCCUCGCCCAAUCCAUAACCCGCUACCGCACGCAACUUACAGCCCUCUCAAAACAACUCGCUUACCACGUCACGUCCAUCCACUCACAAAUCGUUAUCCUCUCCAAUAUUAGAAAGACUCGACGUUCCAAUCUCCCAGGUGCUUUCUUUGAGGGGAGCAGAGAGGCGAGUGGCGCGAUGGAGGGUCUUAGUAGAGAGGAGGUGAUGAAGAUUGAGUUGAGGGAGCGCAUUAAUAGGUUGAAGGAGAGAGGGUGGAAGAGAGAGCGGUUUGAUGGGGAGAGGUAUCGGGUUUUGUGUGAGGAGGCGUUGGGUGAGGUUCAGGAGGGUCUUUGAACUCUCCUUUGACGAAUUGCUGGUGUGAAUUUCCCUUCGUGUGGAAAGUUCAACGAUACAGUAGAGAGGAUGGAUUAGAUUGUGUUCGUUUGUGGCUUCUUGUAAGGGUAAUAUUGUACCAGAUUCGAAUUAGGGAGGCUUUCUCUACUUAGAUGUGUAUAGGUAGUUUAGCGCACAAUAAUACCAGUCUAUUUCCC